CAGAAUCAGCGCGCUGGAUUUGAGAGUCGGCUUUCUGACAGCGCAGCGUACUGUCGAUAGUGUCCUGGGAUUCACAACUUUGGUCAAUACAAGUUGACAAAUUGACACCGUGAAUGAUUUAAGAUUUACAGGAAUGGAGGGUGACAGAAUGGAGAUGGCAAACCAGAAGCAAAACAUCCAUGUGGAGGUCCAUGUUAAAUCUCAAUGCACAGCCAAACUAUCUGAGGUGAAGCUGCAUGUUCUGGCUCUGCUGAAUCGACACAGCAUGGUUUUCGGGAACUACAGAUGGGCAGAGUUUGAUGAAGACUUCUUGCAGAGAAAUGUAGAAAGUGUGUCCCUUGUUGAUUUGGAGGCGAUAACAACACAGCCCCUUGACUUGAAGACCUGCUCUGUCUCCGUUCACAUCUUCACUCUGAAUGAGGAUGGACCCAGCACCCUCAGCUUGGAGGACGACGAGGAGCUUUCAGCAGCCAAUCACUGGUUGCUGCCUGCUGCUGAAUUCCACGGGAUCUGGGACAGUCUGGUGUAUGAGAGUGGAGUCAAAACUGAGCUCCUGGAUUAUGUCACAACAACAAUUUACUUCUCAGACAAAAAUGUCGACAGCAACCUGAUUUCAUGGAACCGUGUUGUACUGCUUCAUGGACCCCCAGGCACAGGGAAAACAUCCCUGUGCAAAGCUCUUGCCCAGAAGCUGUCAAUCAGACUGUCGAGUCGGUAUUCAUACGGGCAAUUUGUGGAGAUAAACAGCCACAGCUUGUUUUCAAAGUGGUUCUCAGAGAGCGGUAAGCUGGUCACAAAGAUGUUUCAAAAGAUCCAACAACUGAUUGAUGACAAAGAUGCUCUCGUUUUUGUCCUGAUUGAUGAGGUGGAGAGUCUGACAGCAGCUAGGAAUGCCUGCCAGGCGGGAACGGAGCCCUCCGACGCCAUCCGAGUGGUCAACUCCGUCCUCACACAACUGGAUCAGAUCAAACGACAUUCCAACGUUGUGAUCCUGACGACCUCCAACGUGACCGAAAAGAUCGACUUGGCGUUUGUGGACAGAGCCGACAUCAAGCAGUAUAUCGGACCUCCAUCGGAGAAGGGCAUCUACAACAUCUACCUCUCCUGCCUGGAGGAGCUCAUGAAGUGCCAGAUCAUCUACCCCCGGCAGCAGCUGUUCACCAUGUUUGAGCUGGAAACGAUGGGCUUUGCAAAGAGCGAGGUAUCCGAACCCAGUCUGAACCUGAGGAGCAUUGCUCUAAAAAGUGAAGGUUUGAGUGGAAGAGCGCUCAGAAAGUUACCAUUUCUUGCCCAUGCACUGUUCGUAAAGACGCCGACUGUGACUCUUGAGAGGUUUCUGGAGGCAAUGGCUCUAGCAGUGGAUAAACAGAGGGAGGAAAAGGCCAACCUGAUCAACGCAGUCUGAACACAUUACAGUCUCUCAGCCCUUGUUUGUCUGUUUGUUUUGUAACAUUUGUCUCCUUUUUAUAAAGCUUCAUGAACCCAUGUGGUAGCACCAUGUUGAAUGAAUUGUCAUGUAAUGGUUUUAACAGUUGAUAUCAAUAACACAAGUGGUUCAGGCUGUUCUGUUGGUGCUACUUAUUUAAAAAACCCAAAGUCCAUGUGUUUGUUUCAGCCAGGGAGUUUGGUUUAACCCCAAGUGUUUACUCUUCUUGUUUUCAAAGUGAUAUUUUUAUGUAACAUGCAACUUUAACCUUACAAGCUCUUUUGCUUCUCUCUUUUUUUUUUCUCCACUUGUGGCGGUUUGUUUUUUAGUCCUGAUUUCUCUGCUCACACGUCAGCUCAGUCUGCCGAUUCUGUCCGAGACACUGGUGUUGUAGCUUCUCGGACAGAAAUGAAUGGGAGAUCCCAUAGAUUCAGAUUACCUGAGUGUUGUGUUGCAUUUAAAGGAACUUCAUUUCUGACAUACAUGUUGCUAACUCACUCAAGAUACCUCCAUUCAAAGGAUCCGUACAACACGCUGAUGUUCAUGCUCAAUAUCGACUGAUGUUGGAAAAGUCAGCUGAUUCUUAGAAAUGUGUCUGUUUUUGAGUUGUGCUUAAAAGGGAUCUUAUCAGUUGAUCAUCUGUUUAAAAUGUAUUUGUAGGUUCAAAUAUGUAUUCUAACAUCAUUCCUCUUCUAAUGCUCAUUAUUAUUUUGUAUAUAACAUUGUAAUAAAUAACCUUGUCUAUG